GGGGAGAGAGAGAGAGAGAGAGAAUUGGGGUUGUUAGGGUUUGCUAGAGGAUGUCGACGGCGGCGACGUAUGAAGUGCCUGAAUCUCCGGCGAAGAAGGCUAAGAUGACGUCAGAGAAGACGACGAUGACGGUGACGAUAGAGGAGGGGAGACGUGUCUACGGCGUUGAGGAUGAUGAGGACGAGAUCUACAACGAUGGUCUCCAUAUGAUGACCGACGAAGAGCUGGAUCGCUACUGCGAAGCUGUCACGCGCAGCGAUGGAUUUGAGGUUCCUGAGUUCCCUAAUGUUAUUGCUUUCGGUCUCAUCAUACCCUAUAUAAAUGAUCUCCCCACGGUGUGCAUGGAGAAAAUUCUUAAAUAUGCCCGCUUUGCCAUCGAUCGCCAAAACGAAGAGAGAGUGAAAGAGGGUGCCAGGGAACUCCAUCUCGAUAUCACGAGAAUCGUCAACUGUAAUGUACAGGUCGCUUGCCCUCUCAACUAUUACAUCACUUUCGAGGCGAAAGAUCUUGACACAAAUGAGCUCGAUCAGUAUGAAGCCAAGGUGGUCACCAGUGUCCCUGGUGACGACGAAGAUGACGAUGAGGUUCCAAUCUUUAGGAAAAAGCCCAAACCAACUAAUCCACCAGUGCCCACAGAGCAUGGACCAAGCGACUCAAAUCGCGCAGUUAGGGACCCAAGCAAAGUUUGUGAGACCUGAAGUUGGGACCAAGGGGCAAGGGAGGGGAAGAUUGCGAAGGAUAAGAAGGGGAUUCUGAGAUAUGUCUUGAGAGUGGAGACCCAAACCUAGAAUCAAAAUCAACAAUUGCAUGAAAAUUCAAGACAGACCAUGAGUGUGGUCUGCGCCACACCAGGGUGUGACAGAAUCUGCCCUGUCUGCCAUGGGUGUGGUCUGCGCCACACCAGGGUGUUGCAGAGUUUGCCCUGUUUGUCAUGAGUGUGGUAUGCGCCACACCAGGGUGUGGCAGACUCGUUUUAGAAUUCUACACUGUUUGGGAUUGUGUUUUGUUAUAAAUAGAAACACGUCCCUUUAGGGUUUAAGAGAGAAAAAGAGCACGAAAAAAAGAGGGUUUUGAUGGCUCUUUGAGGUUAGAAAUCUUAGAGAGAGAGAGGCCAAUUGCAAGCAUUGUAAUCUUCUUGAAGUAAUCAAAGAAUUGUGUGGUGUGGCUCCCGAGGGC